AUGGCUACGUCAGAUUUUGUACUGGGCGGUGUGGCUGCCAUGGGAGCUGGUCUGUUUACCAAUCCCGUGGAGGUGAUUAAAACCCGCAUUCAACUACAGGGCGAACUAGCCGCUCGAGGGUCCCAUGCUCAGCCCUAUAAGAAUGUCUUCCAGGCCUUUGUCACAGUGGCCAAAAAUGAUGGAAUUCUGGGCCUUCAAAAGGGAUUGGCUCCUGCUCUAUGCUUCCAGUUUGUCAUCAACUCCUUUCGAUUAAGUAUUUACACCCACGCUGUGGAAAAGGGUUGGGUGCACAACAGCAAGGGAGAGAUUUCCUUCGCAAAGGGCAUGUUUUGGGGAGCCUUAGGCGGCGUUGUUGGUUCCUACUGCGCCAGCCCCUUCUUCCUGAUCAAGACGCAACUUCAGGCGCAGGCCGCCAAGCAGAUCGCCGUUGGUUAUCAGCAUCAACAUACUUCAAUGAGCGAUGCGAUAAAGCAGAUAUUUCGAAAGAACGGAGUUCUCGGUCUCUGGCGGGGAUCCAUGGCCAAUGUGGGUCGUGCUACAGUGGCCUCAGCCGUUCAAAUCGCAACUUUCGGCCAGGCCAAGUCUUUUUUAAAGGAUAACGGCCUUGUAUCUCAUCCGACGGCUUUGUCCUUUUGCUCGGGCUUAGCUGCUGGGUCCUUUGUUUCAGUGGCAAUCACUCCACUGGAUGUGCUUACCACUAGGCUUUAUAAUCAGGGUGUGGAUGCCCAGGGUCGUGGGCUUUACUACAAGAGCUGGCUGGACUGUGUGCUCAAAAUCCUGCGAUCUGAGGGGGCUUAUGGCUUGUAUAAGGGUUUCUGGCCCAUUUACCUUAGGAGUGCUCCUUACUCCACUUUAGUGCUUUUGUUUUUUGAUGAGCUUACAGCAUUGCGAGAGAAAUACCAUUUUCAUUACUAAUUUAAUGGAGCAUUGAAUAUAAAAAAACAACUAUAAUUGACCUAUAAACUAUAGUUUUGGGUUUUGAAUUUCUGAAAAAAUUCUUGGAAAUGUUGUUGUCAAAUAUAAUAAAAAAAUAUUUAUGUAACGUUUAAAA